AUGUUGAGUAUAGCAAAAUUAUUUCUUAUAUCUGUACCAAUAACCACUUUUCUUUAUAUAUUUAUAUCAGAUUUUAGUAAUUCCGAUUUAAAAAACGUUGAGCGAAAUAACAAUCUUCAUGGAAACUUUUUACAUAUUACAGACUUUCAUCCUGAUCCUCAUUAUAUGACAAAUACAACAGCAAAAUCAAGAUGCCAUGGACAUUCUUCGCGACAAUCGAAACCUAAACAUAUGUUGAAAGGUAUUGCUGGAAGUUGGGGGGCUACUGCGACUAUUUGUGACUCUCCUAUGAGUCUUAUAAAUGCGACAUUCGAAUGGUUAGAAAAUAAUUGGAAAGAUAAAUUAGAUUUUGUAAUAUGGACUGGAGAUAAUUCUAGGCAUGAUAACGAUGAUAACAUUCCACGAAGUCCACAAGAAAUUUUUGAACUUAAUCAAAUGAUAACUGAAAAAUUCCUUAAAACUUUCGCUAAUACUAAAAAGCCUCAUAAAAGACGUGGACCACGUUUUAUACCAAUAGUUCCUUCUAUAGGCAAUAAUGACAUUCAUCCUAAUAACAUCCUUCCUCCUGGACCGAAUGAUAUGUUAAAAAUUCUUCAUGAUAUUUGGGAUCCUUUCAUUCCUAACAAUCAACGAGAAUCAUUCCUUCGCGGUGGAUAUUAUUAUACAGAAGUGAUACCUAAAAAAUUAUUAGUUAUAUCUUUAAAUACACUUUAUUUUUAUAAUGCUAAUACUGCAGUAAAUGGGUGCAAAUAUCCAGGACAACCUGGAACUGAUGAAAUAAAAUGGUUAAAUAGAAUAUUAAAGAAAGCGAGAAAAAAUAAUAUGAAGGUUUACUUAACAGGUCAUGUUGCUCCUAGAAGAAAACAAUAUACACGAUCUUGUUACAAAAAAUAUGGAAAAUUAGCACUUAAAUAUAAUGACAUUAUACUAGGUCAUUACUACGGACAUUCAAAUAUGGAUCAUUUCUUUUUCAUUGGCAAAAAUGACAACAGAAGUGAUGAAGAAGUUAUCUUGGCUGAAAAUAGAGAGGAUUGUAAUUUAUGUGACCAAACAUAUGCACAACAAACAAAUACGCAACAAACAAAUGCACAACAGAUAAUGUCAUCUAAUCUUGAUAAAAAAAAUAAAGGAAAUACAAUUGAUAAAUAUUUGGAUAAAUUGCUAAGUCAUUAUCAAAAGGUUCCAUCUGGCAAAAAAGGAUCUCGAAAACGAAAACCCAAUCCUCAUUCACCUUCUCAUACAAAUACAUUCCUUACACCAUUAGGUUAUACUCAAUAUUUCAUUAAUCUCACAGAAGCCAAUAAAUAUCCAAAUAAAACACCCGAAUUUCAAGUAGAAUAUACGACAUGGGAUGAUUACAACAUGAAAGAUUUGACUGUACCAAGUUGGAUUCAAUUAGCACGAAAGUUGGCAAACCAUGGAUUGAAAGGUUCAUUAUGGAAGAAAUUUAGGGAACAUUUAAUGGUUGGAACUAGGUCAAUAUUAAAACAAAAGUCGAGAAAGAUUCAUCAUCAAGACUGUAUUUAUACUAAAUGUAAUGCUAAAGGACCAGAAGAUUAUUUAGUCACAGAAAUUGAAUCUUAA